GCGUGUCGAAUAUUCGUGAAGAACUGUGUUUCUUCGAAUUGCAUGCAGUUUUGUUCCUUUCGUGAAAGAAUGUUGUUAUCAGAUCCCCUACCUACAUGCGAGUGAUUACAAAACAUAUUGUGCCAAGUUUUAAUGAUUUCUAUUUUUGAAUGAAAUAUUAUUUACAUUAAUGUAUACAUAUUAAUGUAUACAUAUUUGACAUCGCAUACAAACAUUUUACAAAAGUAAAUGACAGAGACUUGCACAUUGGAAGGAUGCUGUAACAACUUGACUAAUAUGAAAAAACCGAGUCGACAAUAACUAAUUAACAUACGCAACAAAAACGUGCCUUAUCAGAAUUACAAAUAAGAAGAUAAGCGAGGCACAAAGGAGAGAUUAAGUAAUCAAAAUAAGACGUCGGAUUAGUGAUCAAAGAUGACGAUUACUUCACUCAUAAAUUGUUGCGCUAUCACGUUGCUGAUACUUGUCAGUAAAACUUUGACAAAUCCGACAUUACGAAAGGAUGAAGAAUUCACCAUCAGAAUCGUUCACACGAAUGACAUGCAUGCGAGAUUCGAAGAGACGUCGCAAUUAUCGACAGCCUGUACGCCGCAAGACGCUGCUGUCGGGAAAUGUUACGGUGGUUUUGCUAGAAUCGCAACUUUGGUCCGGCAAGCAAAAUCGGAAUCACCAUCGACAAUCUUUUUAAAUGCUGGAGAUACUUACCAAGGGACCGCCUGGUACAACGUGUAUAAGUGGGAGGGGGUGGCUUGGUUCAUGAAUCUCUUACAGCCGGACGCUAUAUCCUUGGGCAACCAUGAAUUCGACGACGGCGUCAAAGGUCUGAUACCCUUUAUACAAAACGCCUCGUAUCCUAUCUUGACGGCGAAUCUCGAUCUCUCCAAACAGCCGAAUCUGGCCGCCACGAAUCUGAAAAACAGUACGAUUCUCGAAGUUAGCGGCAACAAAAUCGGUAUAAUUGGUUACCUCACACCGGAAACGAAGAUCCUGUCGACUACGGAGAAUGUGAUCUUCAAGGACGAAGUGGAAUCCAUUCAGCGUGAAGCCAAGAAGCUAAAAGAGCAAGGUGUCGACAUCCUCAUUGCUCUGGGACAUUCGGGCUUCGAAACUGAUAAGAGGAUCGCUCGGGAAGUCGAAGAUAUCGAUCUCGUAAUCGGCGGUCACACCAAUACUUUUCUGUAUCGCGGCAAACCGCCAGAUGUUGAAGUACCGGAGGGUUUUUAUCCAACGGAAGUGACACAGAAGAAUGGCAGAAAGGUUUAUGUUGUUCAGGCGUACGCCUACACCAAGUAUCUGGGUAAUUUCUCCGUCAGUUUUGACAUUAGAGGAGAAGUAACACAUAUCGAGGGAAAUCCGAUUCUUGUGGACGCCAAUGUGGAGCAGGCAAAGGACGUUUUAAACUUGAUAACUGAAAAGAAAGGACCCAUUGACGCUCUGGAACAUGAGGUAAUCGGAAAGACACGAGUGCUCAUCGAUGGAGACAGCAAAAAUUGCAGACGACAAGAAUGCAACAUGGGAAAUUUAAUCUGCGAUGCUAUAAUCGAUUAUUAUGCCAGCGAGUACUUGAGCAAGGAUGGAUGGACGAAUGCUGCCAUCGUUAUGCUAAACAGCGGUAACAUCAGAGCGUCUAUCACCAGAGCGAGAAAUGAUGAGGUCACCCGGAAAGAUAUUAUAAGCGUUUUACCCUUCGGAAAUGUCGUUGUUAAAGCUUCCGUGACAGGGAAACAGAUUCUUUCCAUGUUAGAAUGGAGCGUUCAUAAUCUCGACAAUAUAACUUCUACCGGCAAUUUAUUCGGCGCUUUUCUACAAUAUUCAGGGUUACAGGUGACCUAUGAUACAAGACGACCACCGAAUUCGAGGGUGGUUUCCGUUCAAGUAAAAUGCGCCGCUUGUAGAGUACCAACAUAUAGCAAACUCCAAGAAAAUAACACUUACAAUAUCCUCGUAAACAAUUUCCUUGCAAAAGGCGGAGAUGGUUAUCAUAUGUUGGAGAACGUUGAAACAAUUCCGCUGAGUAUCACUGUAGUGGAUGUAUUAGAGCAAUAUUUCAAAAAACACAGUCCAGUAUAUCCAGGAGUGGAGUGGAGAAUUUCAUAUGUAAAUGAUAAUAAUGUCGGGACGAUGGAUGUAAAUAACAAUAAUUUCGGGACGAUAUACCGACCAAUCGGAAUAACGAUUCUUUUACCAAUCAUUAUUUGGCUAUUGACAUAAGAAAAAUGCUAUUUAAAUGAGAUUCAAAUUUAACAUGAUUAAAUAUCAAUUUGUGAUUAGGUGAUUAUAAUUAAACAAAUUAUAAAUCUUGAA